ACACACACACACACAUACACACAUACACAAGCGACACCUUCGCAUGCGUUUUCUUUUCUGUAAGCUUUGCAGGAAGCGCGUGGACCGAAAGGCAGCCGCCCGAAGCUCCGCCCACCCCCCGUCCCCGCAGUUCAAACAGCACGACUGCCCGUUCAGUCCACUUGUCUUUAGCCGGACUGUAAUAGGAUUUUGUUUGUGUCCAGAUCCACCACGGGAGCACGAACCUCACCACCGGGGCAGGAGGUUUGUCCUGAGGGAUCCGCUGAGGAAAUCGUCACGAGGCAAAGACCGUACUGAGUGGAGUGGACUGAAGAGCAGACAGGAUGCUUAUCUGACAUUGACUUGGCUGCCAGGAAGGCAAACGCGACCAGAUGAGGAUGAUGAUGAUGAUGAUGAUGAUGAAACUACUGCGCUAGUGCCAGAUGGUUUGGGAAUGAUGGACGUCCCUAAUGGCCAACCCAGUGUCUCCACUGCUAUCACCUCAGAGAAGAGCAGCAGUUCAGAGUCUCUGAGUGAGAAGGGCUCGGCUGAGCUGAAGAAAAGUUUUGAUGCUGUUGUCUUUGAUGUGCUGAAGGUCACACCAGAGGAAUAUGCAGGUCAGAUCACACUUAUGGAUGCUCCAGUGUUCAAAGCCAUCCAGCCUGAGGAACUCUCGAGUUGCGGCUGGAACAAGAAAGAGAAACACAGUUCAGCUCCUAAUGCCGUGGCUUUCACGCGCAGAUUCAAUCAGGUGAGUUUCUGGGUGGUGCGGGAAAUUCUUCAUGCCCAAACUUUGAAGAUCAGAGCCGAGGUUUUAAGUCUCUACAUCAGGACAGCGAAGAAACUGUGUGACAUGAAUAACCUCCAUGCGGUGAUGGCAGUGGUGUCCGGUUUACAGAGCGCUCCCAUUUACAGACUCACCAAAACGUGGGCUCUGUUGAGUCGUAAGGACAAGGCUACCUUCGAGAAGCUGGAGUAUCUGAUGUCUAAAGAAGACAAUUACAAGAGACUGAGAGACUACAUCAGCAGCCAGAGCAUGACCUCCUGCAUACCUUAUCUAGGUAUGUAUCUGUCUGAUCUCACCUACAUCGACUCAGCGUAUCCCUCCACCGGCAGUAUUCUGGAAAAUGAGCAGAGGUCCAACCUGAUGAACAACAUUCUGAGAAUCAUCUCAGACCUGCAGAGAUCCUGCGAAUAUGAUAUACCCGAACUGCCUCAUGUCCAGAAUUAUCUCAACUCCGUUCACUACAUUGAGGAGUUACAGAAGUUUGUGGAGGAUGACAACUACAAGUUAUCUUUAAAGAUUGAGCCAGCCACUAGCACACCCCGCGCAACUGCCUCUAGAGAAGACCUUGUAGGUUCGGACGCCUCGGGUUCACCCUUGUGUGGUCGUCGUGGCAACUCUGCUGAUGGCGGCCUGCCUAAAGUCCCAGGUACUCCGCCUUCCCCACGCAACCUCCUACCCUACAGGCACAGGAAGUGUCACAGCCUGGGCUACAAUUUCAUUCAUAAGAUGAACACAGUGGAGUUUAAGAGCGCUACAUUCCCCAACGCUGGAUCCAGGCACCUUCUGGACGACAGCGUACUGGAGAGCAACACACCUACACGAGGACAAGCAGAGAGCUCCACUCUGUCCAGUGGCAUCUCACUGGGAAGCAGUGAGGGAUCUGAACUCAGUGAAGAAAUGUCUUGGCCUGCAUUCGAAAGGACACGUUUCUACCACUCUCUGGGCCCAGUGACCCGAGUAGGCCGCAUCUCCUCCAGAGGAGGCCACAGGCCCUGCAGCUCAGCCGAGUCCGAGGAGCUGGCGGUGCACCUCUACCCUGGAGCAGUGACCGUCCAGGGAGUUUUACGCAGGAAGACCAUCCUAAAGGAAGGCAAGAAGCCAACGGUGGCUGCGUGGACUAAGUACUGGGUAGCGCUGUGUGGUACUCAACUCUACUAUUACACUGCCAAGUCUCUCAAAGCCACUGAGAGGAAGCAUUUUAAGUCGACCUCGAAUAAGUGUGUCCCCGUGGUGGGGUUGAUGACCAUGAUGGCAGAUGACCCGGAGCAUCCAGACGUCUUCCUGCUGACCGACUCGGAGCACGGAAACUCGUACAAGUUCCAGGCAGGGAACAGAAUGAACGCUUUGCUGUGGUUUAAACACCUCAGUGCAGCAUGUCAAAGCAACAGGCAACAGGUUCCAGCAAAUCUAAUGUCCUUUGAAUAAACGGUCCAAUCCAAAGGCAAGAGAACUGUUUAAAAGGCGGGUGCUAAAAGACGGGAGAGAAGAGGUUGAGGAGUGGGGGAGUGAGAAGAGAGAAGAGAAGAGGAAGAGAAGAGAAGAGGAGUGGAGAGAGUAACUAUUUUACAGUAGCUUUUCCACUGCCAUCACCCAGCCUCUCAGAGUCUCACUGCAAAGCCCUCCACCACCACUGCCUUACAGAGUGGAGUGUGUGUGUGUGUGUGUGUGUGUGUGUGUGCGCGUGUGUGUGUGCGUGUGUUCCUCUCUCCUCCACCACCCUUUUUCCUUUACUCUUUCCCCACCCCAUCAUUACAAUCCCUUUCUCUACCAAAGUGAGGAACUCUGUGUACCUCUUCCUCUCAGAACAUCAUCUGAUCCAGUGGAUAUCUGGGUCUUAGCUCCCUUCAUACCUCUUCAUUUGUUUUUGUUUUUUGUUUUUUGUUUUUUCCCUCCCCUCGAAUUUUAUGUCCUGUUUUCUUCCGUUCACGUGGCUGAACAGCUGGGCCCAAGUAAAAAUCUGAACUCUUCUCCUCUUCAUGCCUCGAACAUACCACCAGGACACGGCAGGACCUUUUCCUCUCGACUAAGGAGACUGUUUUUAAACGGGGCUGCCACAUUCGGGCCAAAACUCAUACACUCUCUCACUCUCACUCUCUCACACUCACUCUCACUCUCACUCUUGUCCUCAUCCUCGCUCGCACACGCACACAUCGUCACACAUGUUGAUUCUAUUCAUACACUUGAGUUGGGCUCAAGCAAGCGUGACACAAGAUUUUCCAAAUGCAGGUUUAACUGCAGGGAGUGGAAGUGUCUCAUUUGUUACAACCGGAGGAAAAAAAAGGGCUCUGAUACUCAACGAAUUCCACAUAAAUAAGUAUUCCCUUAAAACUUUGCAUCACCUUUUUAUUAUCUUUGUAUAAAUGACACCUGCAUACACUCGCACGUAUACACACUCACUCACUCACACACACACACCAGUUACACGAGUCGAGCCGGACGAUGGGACGUUGAAGUAGUUUGUAUUCAGAGGCACUUAAGCCAUCUGUCUCAGAGAGAGAUGGUCUGUGAGAGAGGAAGAGAGAGCACAAAAUGUGGAAGAGGAGGAAAGAGGAAUGUAAAAAUUGAUUUGAGUUUAAUUACCCAUGUUUGGGUGGGGAAAGUAUGGCACAGUGUGCACUGGGGGGGGUGGGUUUGGGGGGUAGUUUCUACAGCAGGUGCUCUUUACGGUACGACUGAAGCUGAACAAGCCUCCAAUCAGACGUCAUGUGUACAGUCUUUUUAUAUUAACUCACCUCUCUCUCUUUCUCUCUCUCUCUCUCUCUCUCUCUCCCUUCUCUCUCACCCCCUUCUCUCUGUCUCUCUCUCACACACUUUCUCUCUCUCUCUCUCUCCCUUCUCUCUCACCCCCCCCGUCUCUCUCACACACACUCUCUCUUUCUCUCUCUCUUCCCCUCCUCUCUCACCCCCCAUCUCUCUCUCACAUACUCUUUCUCUCUCUCUCCUCUCUCACCCCCCUCUCGGUCUCUCUCUCACAUUCUCUCUUUCUUUCUUUCUCUCUCUCUCCCCCCUUUCUCCCUCUCCAUCUCCCCCCCCUCGUCUCUCUCUCUCUCUCUCUCUCUCUUUCCAGCAAGUUCUAAAACUUGGGACGUUUGCCUACCAGGACACACACACAUUUUUCUUAUUUACUUGAAAGCUGUGAAUGUCAGAUGGAUUGUUAUGUUUUGUUCGGCUGUAAUCUCAGUGGUGGUUUAACUUUAUUUCCUUCCACCUAUAGUUUGUUAGAGCAGAAUUAUAGGAUUAAACAAUUCAGACUGUUAGAGGUGGGUGUGGCUGCAUGUGUUUUUGGAAUGUGUUUCAGUAACUUUAACAUAACAAGAAAAAAAAAACGAUUCACAGUUCAUUACAAAGAAGCUAUUCAGGAGCCAUUUGCUUUUGCUUUUUGUUUUUUUUUUUUUUUAUUUCAGUUUACAAGUUUUGUUUGUUUUCGUUUGCAGUAUUACAGUAGAUAGCGUAGGUUUCCAUUGCACUGGUCCUAGGAUGUUUUUUAAUUGUCUGUUACAUUUUGUUCGGUCUCCUCCAUUUUAAUUUUUUGACAUGUUUUUAAUUUUUGUUUGCUUUUAUUUUUGUCAUUUUUCUUUUUCCGGCUCAUUGUAAAUGUAUUCGCCUAGGAGUUUACCUUUUCCGCAGCACAUCGUGUUUAACAUCAGGUUAAGCCUAGACUGUGUAGAAGAUGAUAUUUUUUUUUUUUGUAAAUGUACUUCAGACUGCCAUGUUAUCUGUAGAAGCCACGCUCUGGUAGGCUUCUCCUUCAUGCAGUCACGUUUUACACGAGUGUAUGAGCUCUACAGGGAACAAGCCAGGAGGUGCGUGUGUGUCAGGCUUUGAACCAGUGAAGAUCAUUAAAGGUUCAAAGGAGACACGGACGAACACACGGGCAGAUGAAGCUGUUUACCAUCCUUCCUUUUCAUGUUGUUUACUUCGCUUUUUCUUUUCUUUUUCCCAAACAUUGGCUCUCUGCUCCAGUCACCUGAGCAUUUCUCCCGCCAGCAAUAUUUUUACCCGUGCCUCAGAUCCUGGUUCAUGCGCUAGUUUUAGAUCAAACUCGGCUGUGUGAUUUUUCCUGCCGAAUCUCAUCUUACAGAAUGAAGAAAUGCAUUGAACAGUAUUAGAGGCUCACCAUUGCGACUUAAACAUUACUGUAUGGCGCUGUAAGAAUCCACUCAUCAGAGGCAUGUCUGUUCGAGUUUUUAUAUUUUUAAAUAUCCUCCAGGAUUUUGUUGGACCUAAUAUAUACUGCUUUUUGUCCAAACAUAACAAGAGUGACAUGAUGGGAGUGUUUACAUGGGAAGUGGAACGGUUGCCACGGGUUCGAGCUUGAGCUCUACAACACUGAUGUGGAGUUUUGAAUUGUUUUUUGAGCAAGACACACACCAAGCGGAGCAGAAAGUGUUUAUGCACCGAGCUUGACACAUAUUUCCUUUAUAAGAAGCCAUAUUGGCUCAGAUCAGGAGUUUGCAUAACGCAGUGUGGUUUUGGCUCAGGUUUCCAGGCAGGAUGAAGUCAGUCUCGCUGUGAUGGAGCGGUCAUUAUUCUUUAGGCCCGGGAGCUCACGCGUUAUCUUCGGCAUGCGGCUGAGUGGAUUUGGCAACCCGCGGCAUGUCACUGAACAUCCAGUACACACUUUUCAUAGCCAGAGGCGAGCGAAGCAUGCGUUAGGUUAGAGUUUUAUUCCUUUACACGUUUAUCCAGACUACUGAAAGGUGGUGAAAAGGGUGUUUGUGCGCCUAGAGACGCCCGUUUUCGGCAACGUGGAUGGAGAGCUGACCUUUUCCACGAAGUACGCCACAUGGUCAAGCCUUCACACGUUUCAUUAUUAUUAUACUUUCCCUCCGUGUCUUGUUUUUUGUUUUUUAAAUGAUUUUCCAUCAGGGCAGAGCUUAACCUGCUUUAAACGGUUGAAAUGGAAAAGCUAAUGGCCGGACCUGAACAACAAAUACAUACUGCAGUAAAUCAUAGCCAGUUGCACUGGGGGGAUAAAAAAGGUGACUGGAGUGAAAAAUCCAAACUCUCUUCUUUUAUUUCUCGGUGCAGAUACAUGAAAUGGUACUGAGAUUGUUGUUAUAUAGGAUUGGAUUCAGAAUUCUGUCCAGAUGCAUCCAGAUGUUUCUGUACAGCAGAAUAACCAGCUCUCUCUCUCUCGAGUUCAAGUUCUGGAGACGAUUGGGAUCAUUUCUUUCUUUGUGUGUGUGUAUGCUGUAUUUUUAAUAGUUUUUUUUCUGCCAUUUACAUUCUUUGAGACAUAUUCUGAAUGGCACACAUGCAUUAUAACUUAAACUAACACUGUUAUUAUAUAUACAGUAUACCUUUUACAAAUGCACAAACAUCUGAGAAAUCUUUUUUGUUUGUUUUUCUCUGUAGCUUUACUUUUUCUCUUUUUUUUUUUUUUUUGUUGCUCCAUUGACCAUCAUGGGACGGGAUAAAAUGUGGGUCAUGAAAUGAUUUCGCUCUGUGUGAAUCGGUCAGCUGGGGAAAACGUUUCAGGAGACGGCAGUCUGUGCCAUCCCACCCGCAUCCAUUCUGCAAACUCCUCCGUUGUAUCCAGCCUCCUGUCCCAUGGCCCGAGGUAGCGCUAUGACCUCUGACUUUAGAGAGAUGUGCUCUUGGGUUCAAGGACAAAACCAAUAAACACGUGUGUUCCUUUUUCUAAA